AUGCCCACUAAUCCUAGCAUCGGCUGGCAGAAGCUUCUGUACGCCUACUACAACAUUCGAACAUGCUAUGAUUCUCUCAAUUGGGGAGUGGACCACCUUUUUUCCACUUGCAAGGUGGCCAUUUCUUCUAAUACAACCUUAUUGGCACUAGCCGACAAACUGACUCCCAAUCCAAGUGUCAUCGAGGUAUACUCCAUCAGCGGCACCAAAGUGUGGUCAAUUUUCCAUAAUUCUGCUAUUCCUAUAGUGGAUUUUGCAUUUCACGGCGAAAAUCUCGUGGUCGUGCUCUCGAACUACACAUUCAGGCUAUACACUGAUUUCCACAAGACAUUCAAUCAGUAUGGCUUCAACACGGACUUUGAGCCACUCACAAACGUCUCUGAAAGUACUUUAGACGAGUCGCAGAAUUACAAGCUGGUGAUCACCAACUUAGAAACUAAUGAAAUAGAAGAGGUAGUUGAAAUUGUCCAUACUUACGUAUGGGGGAACUUUCUUGUCGUCCGUUACCGAAACAAGUUGACAGCUACCAACUUAAUUGAUUUCUCCAACUACGAAAUUCCAUUUCUGGGCUUAGAUCCAGCCAAGAUUCAUUGCAUAAGUUUAUUGACUGCUUCUAAUCAUAAACUUGAAUGUCUCCUCAGUUACGAUUCAACAGUGUACCAUAUUUCGUUGGAUACACAGCAGCGAACAAUUGAGUUCGUGGAUAAGGUAAUUACAGUUGGACCCUUCAAGAUGAUGGCGGCUUCGCCCAACGGAUCAUUUGUUGCACUGUUCAAUGCCGAAGAUUCCCAGAUCUUCGUAAGCAACAAAGAGUUCGACAGAGAGCUCCUCAUUUAUGAUACUCUGAAUGAAUCCAGCGCACCAUACAUGAUGGAAUGGGCUGGAGAGGAUGCAAUAAUUCUUUCCUUACGCGAAGAAAUCAAGUUGAUAGGCCCAAGACAGAGCUCCCUUUCAUUUUUCUACGAUAUUGUCGACCCACAGGAUUUUGACCUAUCUUGGAACCAUAAUCCCGUCGAGAAUAACAGCAAAUUCUCCAUUCCAAUCAUCAAGUCUGAGAAGGACGGUCUCAAAAUCAUCACAGAUAAUAAGGUGGAGUUUCUUGCUCGAGUCCCUCAGAGCUCCAUUGAUCUACUCCAAGUAGGCACUUCACAUCCAUCUUCCAUCUUGCUUGACUGUGUAGACAAGUUACAACACCAGUCAUCGAAAGCUGAUACGAACAUCACUUAUUUAAAGAGUGAGGGCACCUUGCAAACCGCUAUUAGCGGCUGCUUGGAAGCUGUUUUAGAUGAGUUCUCUCCAAUUUGGCAGAAGAAGAUUCUUAAAGCAGUUUCAUUCGGAAAGAUUUACGACGACAAUUACUAUAAUGCUGAUGAAUACUUACGAACCUUGAACACGAUCAAAGUUCUCAAUCAGUUACGCGCACCUGAGAUUGGUCUUUUCCUCACAUAUCCAGAAGUGCUUGAUGCCGGAUGGCCAGUAAUCAUUGAAAUGCUUCUUAAGAGAUCGAAGCAUAUGAUUGCAAUAAAAGUGAUCCAACUUUUGGAUUUAAAAGACGCCGAGAGUAUGGUUUACGUAGAUUGGUGUUGCAGAAAGAUUAUGAAUGAGCCCGAUAUGGCUCAAUUGGAUCUUUUCAAGAUAAUCUUGAAAAAACUACUCUCAGCACAGCGUCACACAAUGGGUAAAAUUUCGAAAAACAUAAUUCCAGUUGCAGACAUCUUUCAAAUUGCCCACCAGAUGGGUCGUAUGGAUCUAUGCCAGUUGUUAGUGGACAUAGAGCCAUCUGCCAUCCAAAGGGUGAACUUGCUACUAGAAAUUGGCCAAGUGGAACUCGCAUUGAUUAAAUGUUUCAAAAGUGUGGACUCUGACUUGUGCAGACUACUCUUGCUACAUUUGAAGAAUACUUUGUCUUUGACAAGAUUUCUUGAAAUUUUGAAUCAGGUGGAAAAAAGAAGUACGAUACAGAUUGAUCCUUCUGAUAACUCCCCGGAGAGUGAGUACAUUCAGAAGUUUUUGCGUGACGAAUUAUUUGUGAGUGGUGAUAUCAUUGGCAAUUUCUGGGAGAAUAGUGUUGCUAAGUGCAACCCAAAGCUUUUGGAGUCAUACUACAAAUAUGACGAUAAUAUUUCACAAGUCAACAGGUUGAAGGUCAAGAAGUAUACUCUGGAGAUUGAUAAUGGAAUAGUUGCCGAUGGAGACUUUGAGAAUUACUAUCAGAUCGAACGGAACAAACUUCAAGGAUUGGCUGGGGCGGACAAGAAGUUGAGCAAGCUUCUUAAUCUUGAGCUUGAUUUGCUAGAAACGAAAAAAAAAUUGUCAGAGACAUACCAGCAAAGCUUUUUCCAGGAGAAAUCAGCUGUUGCAGUUGUGGAAAAGUUAAUCGAAAUGAAACAGCUUAAGGUAGCAGCGGAUGUUUGUCGAAAUCACAAAAUCUCCUCCGAAAAGCUCUGGAAUUUGGUCUUAGAGAAGUAUUGCAGAGCUGGAGAGUUUGAAAGACUUCAUUCUUUCAUAGUAAAAGCUAACCCGAAGGCUGCUAAGGCCUACAAGGCCCCCAUCAGCUUUGAAACGAUAGCCCAAACUUGCAUCUUCUACAAGGGUCCAGCGCAGCAUAUUGAUAGCUACAUCGCUAGCUGUAUUGAUGCGAGUGCCUCGUGGAGAGCCGCUCGCUACCUUGAGAACGGAAGUUUUGACAACGCAUUAGAAGAGGCUACAAAAGCAGACAACGCUGGAUUGAUCCAACUAAUUACGGACAAGAAAGCGGCAGCCAGAUAA